AUGAACUCACCAUCCGCAGACAUAACCAAGAAAACAACAACAACAGCAGGCGAUCGACAAGCUCGGGGGGAAUUUGUCAUUUGGAUUGCUAGCAACACAUCAUCAACAACAACAAAAAACAACAUCAACACACGCGAAGAGAGAGAAAGUCAAGAGAAACGCAGAGGCAACGGACCACACACGGAGGCAGGCAGGAGGAAAGCAGAGGCAAAGGCAGCGAAGGAAGAGAAGGAAGAAAGACGUCGCGAGCGGAAUCGAAAAAAGCGAAAAGCCUACCGAAGCAGACAAAGGGAGAAGACGUGGGGCCCCGGCAGCAGCAAGAGGACCCAAUGGACGAAGGCGGAGAGUGGGUCGAAGAAGAAGAAAGAUAGUGAAAAUGGGAACAAAAAGGCGAAGAAGGAUCCAAAUCCAACGCACAAGACCAAGAAGUGGAAGAAACCGAAGAACCAAGAGGAAUGGGAAGCGUCUGUGGCCGUAGCUUUGGACAAGCAGAGCUACGCGACCAUGGAGUCGCUCUUUAUGCUAGUGCUGCGGUGGGCCGUGGCUCGUUGUGGAGUGGAGCCGCGUCGCGAACUUACGAAACAGUUUCGGCUGCUCUCGAUCCGAUUCCACCCCGACAAGCAUCCCGAUUGCAACCAGGCGAAGUACAAGAUGGCUUUCCAAGCCCUCAAUGAAGCACACGCACGCGCGAAAGCGGCGUUGCUGGACCAAUUCGGAGGUAAUGCAGAAUGA